AUGGAGCGCAUAGUUAAUCACAGACAAGUGUACGAGUACUUACAAGAGCAUGAUCUAAUCACCUCAGAACAGUUUGGUUUUCGCCCUAAGUUAUCCACAAGCAUUGCUUUGACACAACUCACUGAGGAAAUCUUGCACAAUCUCGACAAUAAAUUGGUUACCGGUGCAGUUUUUAUCGACUUGCGAAAGGCGUUUGACACGGUAGAUCACGAGCUGCUAAUUUUGAAAUUAAGAAAUCUUGGUUUUUCAAAGUCUGUCAUUAACUGGUUCACGUCCUAUUUGUCAUCACGUACAGUAGUCACAUCUAUCAACAAUUCAACAUCGAGUGCAAGACCAGUCACCGUUGGUGUGCCGCAAGGAAGCAUAUUGGGCCCGUUACUUUUCUUGAUAUUCAUUAACGACUUGCCUCAAUGUUUUAAUAACUGUAAGUCGAUUCUUUAUGCUGAUGAUACAAAAUUGUAUUACUCUGCAAAGUCAACAACGGAGCUUGAAGCUAAAAUAAACGCUGAUUUACAAUCACUUUCACACUGGCUAAAUAACAAUCUCCUAACUUUAAACUACGAGAAAACCAAGUUCAUGAUCUUUACCAACCGAAAGCAGUCGUUUAUCAAUGUAAACAUCACGAUUCAGAACGAAAAAGUAUCACAGGAGAAAUCAAUGAAAUAUCUUGGAGUUACUUUUAGUGAAGAUUUAUCCUGGCACGAGCAUAUUGACAAAACGAUCUCCAAAAUUAAUCAAAGACUUGGUGUUCUACGACGCAUCAAAGAUUUCUAGGACUUGGAUACACGUUAUAUUCUUUAUACGUCUCUAAUACUGCCACUGUUUGAUUAUGCCGAUACCAUUUGGGGGUGAUAAGAACAAUUCGGUGCUGAUGGAUUCCCUUCAAACUUUAGAGAACAAAACUGCAAAGCUGAUCUUAGAUGAACAUCCACGCUAUUCUGCAACGGAAGCACUACGACGACUAAAAUGGACAACACUUAAAACUAGAAGACAUAACCAUAGAUGUAUAUUUAUUUAUAAAUGUUUAAAUGAUUUAAUCGACUUUAAAUUUGAAUUAACGAAGAACGAAGACAUUCACAGCUAUUACACAAGAAGAAAAAACGACCUCCACCUCCCAAAGACGAACACAAACAAGGGAAAACAAAGACCAAGCUACCAAGCAUCAAAAGACUUUAACAACCUAGAACCACACAUUAGAAACGCUAACUCGUUAUACAAGUUUAAAACUCUAUUAAAAAACGCUGUGUAGGCGAGAAUUACAUAGUAAACAUAGUCUUAGUUCCAUUACGUUUUGUAUAUAUAUAUAUAUAUAUAUGUAGUAUAAGUAUGUUAACGCAUGUUAUUGUAGAUUUGCAUGUUAUUUUGUAAUGUAUAUGUAUAUAUUGAAGUUGAAAUUUAUAAUGCAGGACCCCGCUGAAAAACACUUCGGUGACGUGGGUAUCCUGGAUAAAUAUAAAUAUAAUAAUAAUAAUAAUACAAGAAGUGUCGGAAGAAGUAAUUAGUGAAGACAAUGUAAGUAUACCAGGCAGAAAGAGAAAGCACUCCGACGAGAUAGUGUUUGAUUCAAACUGCGUUUCAAAUGAGGUAAGCUUGUCUCAGAAAAGAGCACGUACGACUAGUUCUUGUGAUAAAGCUGUGCGUGCAGAUCACACGUACUGCAUAAAAUCUCCUCGUAGAAUGAAAAGACGUCUUGAUGAUGUUGUAGAUAACGCUACAAUUCUUAAGAAGAGAUUGGAAUCGUCACAAAAGAAACUAAGGAGGUACAGAGGAAAGGUUAGCACUUUGACCACGGUGGUAAGUGAAUUGAAAGAGCAAAAUCUUAUCAAUAAUGAUUGCGCAACUAUUUUAGAAACGACUUUUUCUGGAGUUUCCAGGGAGCUCAUGAAAAGGUUAGUUACGCAAAAGGUAAAGAAAAAUCCUGGGGCGUAUCCACCCGAGCUAAGAUCAUUCGCCAUGACUCUAAAAUUCUAUUCAACGAAAGCGUAUAACUAUGUUCGAAAAAGUUUUGAUUUAGGGCUUCCACAUGUGUCUGUGAUUCGAUCAUGGUAUAGUUCUAUGAAUGGUGAGCCAGGUUUCACAAAGAACGCACUGGCAGCGUUGAAAGUUAAAGUUUUGGCUGCGAAAGAAAAUCGUCAAGAAGUUGUUUGCGCACUGAUGCUCGAUGAGAUGUCUAUACGCAAGCAUGUCGAGUGGGAUGGUAAGCAGUUCCGUGGUUAUGUUGACCUUGGUAUAGGCAUCAAUGACGACUCGUUGCCUGAAGCAACAGAUGCUCUUGUUUUCAUGGCAGUGGCAGUGAACUCUGGUUGGAAAGUACCGUGUGGAUAUUUUCUAGUAAAUGGUCUUACCGGAGAGCAGAAAGCAAACUUGACCAAAGAAUGCAUAACCAAGUUGCACGAAGUUGGGGUGAAGGUGGUAUCUCUUACAUGCGACGGCCCCACGUCUCACCAGGCAAUGUUGAAAUUGCUCGGCGCUCAACUGUCACCGGAUGGUUUGCAAGCCUUCUUUCAACAUCCAUGUGACCCCAAGGCUAAGAUCUAUAUCCUCCUAGAUGCUUGUCAUAUGAUAAAGUUGGUGAGAAAUACGAUGUCGGACUGGGGAAUUCUGAAGGAUAAGGACGGUAAGGUAAUUCGUUGGCAAUUCUUGGUGCAAUUGCAGGAAUUACAAGAGUCAGAAGGUUUACAUCUUGCAAAUAAGCUUCGAUCGGCUCAUAUCAAAUGGAAGCCACAGAAAAUGAAGGUAAACCUGGCAGCGCAGGCGCUCAGUUCGAGUGUUGCAGAUGCUUUAGAGUAUUGUGAAGGUAAGCUGAAACUGCCACAAUUUCAAGGGUGUGGUCCAACAGUAAAGUUUAUCCGUGUUUUUGACCGUCUUUUUGAUGUUUUGAAUUCCAGGAAUCCGCUGGCUAGAAAUUUCAAAGCGCCCAUUAGAAAAUCGAACUACCAGUAUACGAAGAGCUUUCUUAGAUGAGGCAACUGAGUACAUUAGAAACCUGAAAACUUCAGACGGUCAGUCGAUCCUCGCGUCAAAAAGGAAAACAGGAUUUCUUGGUUUCCUGUUGUGCAUCAAUGCUGUUGUGGGAUUAACAGAAGAUCUCGUUAAUGCUCAGAAUCCUGUCCUGAAGUAUCUUCUGACGUACAAGAUGAGCCAAGAUCACUUGGAAUUAUUCUUUUCCGCUGUGCGAGCUUGCGGAGGGUGGAAUAAUAAUCCAACAACUCGCCAAUUUAUAGCAGCAUACAAGCAACUGAUGAUGAGACACAACAUCGAGGGAGGACGUGGAAACUGCACUCCUCAAGAUGAUACAGAGAUAUUGAACAGUAUCCAGGAUCAGCAUGAAAUCAACUCCUUACCUACUGGAGUUUCUGAUGUGGCAAUUGCAAGGAGAUAUGACUUGACGUUGAGACCGCCAGCUGCAGAUGAUCACGACUACUGUGAUGUUUCGAACGCUAUGGAACUAUCUGAAUACAAAGAGGCGGCCAUAUCAUAUAUUGCUGGGUAUGUGGUGAGAAUGGUCGAGAAAAAAAUCCACUGUCCGCAAUGUAUAGCAGCUUUGACAACAAACAAGGAAAACAUUCCAGACUUGUUUGUAACAUGGAAGACGAAUGGAGGUCUUAGAUUGCCGUCCCUCGGAUUGAUCAAAAUAUGCGAGGAAACGGAAAAGUGUAUAAUGAGAAUGCUAAAUGCAAAUGGAGGUGGUCUACCUCAUAGCACUGGACUUUCAAAUGCGAUCGCUUCGACGGUGCUGUCAGUCUGUGUUGAAAGACGAGUCUUUAGUACGUUAGAUGAACACAUGUUUGAUUCGGCUCCAGGGAACAACCACACGCUAAGUUUGAUUAAAUGCUGUUCUCAGAGUUAUGUGACCAUUCGCAUGCACCAUUUAAGCAAGUUGACAAAUGCGAGAAUGCAUGACAAGGUAAUACGUAAACAGUUUUCGAAGCUUGUGUUGUUCAAGCAUCAGUAA